CGCUGCUGUCAGUGGCAACCGCAUCUGUCAAGCCUUUCUGGCCAAUAAACAGCAGCGCGAGGCGGAUCUCAGGUGCGCGCAUCUGCAUCCUCGCGGCUCUGGCGCGCCGGGGAGCCGCCUGUGGCACAGAGUGGAUGUCAAACGCGCGCUCGCGAGCACUAUGGCGACUGCGGCGUCCAACCACUACAGCAUCCUCACGUCCAGUGCGUCCGUCGUCGCGCACUCGGAGCCCGGCAGCAUGCAGCAGACGCCGCCGGCCUAUAGGGACGCACAGAGUCUUCUGCAGAGCGAGUACACCACCCUGCAGAGCAGCGGGAGCACGCUCAGCCACGCGCACCAGUGGUUGACGGCGGCUCUGUCUCACGGGGGAGAGGGAUCGCCGUGGCCCGCCAGCCCGCUGGGCGAGCAGGACAUUAAGCCCACCCUGCAGGGCGACGUGGACGAGUUGCGGCAUUCGCCGAGUCUGACGCCCAGGCAAGCGCAUCUGGUGCAGCCUAGUCAGAUUCACGACGCGAGCGCCUGGCGGGCGACGACCACCGCUCAUAUGCCGAGCAUGACCACCUCAAACGGACAGAGCAUGAUUUACUCCCAGCCCGGCUACGGGGAGCCGGGCAUGCACCAUCACGCCCUCAGGGACGCGCAUGAGGACCACCACAGCCCGCACCUCAGCGAGCAUGGCCACCCGCAGAGCCUUCAUCAGGGACACCACGAGCACUCGGACGAGGACACGCCGACCUCGGACGACUUGGAGCAGUUUGCCAAGCAGUUCAAACAGCGCCGGAUCAAGUUGGGUUUUACGCAGGCGGACGUGGGGCUGGCGUUGGGCACGCUCUACGGUAACGUGUUCUCCCAGACCACCAUCUGCAGGUUCGAGGCGCUUCAGUUGAGCUUUAAGAACAUGUGCAAACUCAAGCCUUUGCUUAACAAAUGGCUGGAGGAGGCAGACUCCACCUCGGGAAGCCCGACCAGUCUGGAUAAGAUAGCCGCGCAGGGAAGGAAAAGGAAAAAGCGCACCUCCAUCGAGGUGAGCGUUAAGGGGGCCUUGGAGAGCCAUUUCCUCAAGUGUCCCAAACCCGGCGCUUCUGAAAUCACCUCGCUAGCGGACAGCCUACAGCUGGAGAAAGAGGUGGUGCGGGUCUGGUUUUGUAAUCGGAGGCAGAAGGAGAAGAGGAUGACGCCGCAGAACGGACCCCUGCCCGGUAACGAAGAUUCGUACGGGGAAACAUCGCCUCACCACGGGGCACAGACACCUGUUCCGUGAAAGAAGGGGCAUCUGCGCACUCAGACGGCGACCUGAAUCGAUUGUCUCUUUGUCCUGGUCACAAGUCCGUUCACGGUGGACCGACGGUGGUGAUGCGCACCUCAGAGGGAGCGCAGCGGGCAUUGUUGCCCAAACAAUACACGGGCGCGAGCGCGAGAAAUGCGCUCCGGUAAACUAAGGCGUUACGCUGCGGGUGAACCUAAAGUGCGAACGUUUUAGACGUAAAUAUUCUUCUUUAAAAAAAAAAGGUUUUAUUCGAAGUCCGAGGAUCUGUGAAAGCAUUUUAUCACUUCCAACCGAAAGCUGUGAAAAGGCGUCAGGGGCGCAAAUUCUCCAACGCCAUCUUCCCCUCACGACCACAAAAGGUUAAAUACUGAUUUAAUUUAGUGCAAUGUCUGAAACGUAUUCUCUUCCAAAUAUGAAUGGCAACAAUUAUUAUUAUUAUUAUUAUUAUUAUUAUUAUUAUUAUUAUUUAAGGCUGCAUUAAUAUAGUUACAAAUAUAAAUGUAAAUAGCAUGAGACAUUCAAGGGUAGUACAUCCAAUGUUGAUUAACAAAGGCUGCCAAGUGCUGCUGUGUGUUGUGCAACCCAAAACAACUCAAUUUCAUGCAGAUCACGGAUACACACUGCUGGUGCAUAACAGAGCGUCCGUCCAAUACGAGGCCUGAGGAAACAUUAAAAUCUUCUGUACUGCACUGCACCGUGCAUCACAGCGAAUUAUUUGUGGAAAUAAAUGAAUAGCAGGCCAGGUCUAUACAUUCAACCCAACCUAUUGGGCUUAUCCUUAAAAUUAGAUCACAUAAAUUAAUUUGAAUAAGAAAUGAUUGACCUAAUGAUUACGCAUUUAUGUUGCGUUUAGUAUUUGCAAGGAGCUUUAAAUUGAAAAUGAUUUUGUAAAAAAUUUAAGGCCUUUCAGUUUCCACUGAUUUAAUUUAAGGGAAAAUCUAAAAGAAGCUAAACACAGGAUAUUUUAUUUUACAGUAGGCAUACAGAAAAAAACAAUGCAAUGUUUUUUUGCAAUCAAUGCAGCAAAUAUUAAGAUAAUGAUAAUAGAAAUAACAACAAAAACAACAACAUAAUAAUAAUAAUAAUAAUAAAAAUAAUAAUAAAUGUAUCAGCUACAAUGGCCAGUUUUUUCUUCUUUUCUGCUGUCUCCAUCUCACUGAGUCUUCAUUAUUAUAUUAACACAUUGAUUUUGUGUGUCAGCUAAACGUGUAAAAGCCUCAAAAUGUUUGUAACAGUUUGAUAUUUUGGUUUAUUUUAAUAAUCGUCUCUGGCUUUCUAAAACUUGCGUUUGUUGUUGUCAGCUGUCGCGCGCAUUUUCUUUUACGGGAAAUAUAACACCAGCUGUGUUGCUAUUAUUUGAUGACCUGCAUCGAAAAAAAGGACACUGUGCGUAAAUGUUUUUAUUUUAAUUUUGUAUGGCUUUGUGAAUACUUGUAUAUUUGUAUAUUUGUGCACCUAACCUGGUACUGCCAAAGCACAACCUGUCAUUGUGCCCUAUUGAGACCCUUAAUGUCUUUGGUUUUGACAGAAAAUAUUGCACAGUUUUUUAAAAGACUUUUGUCAUUAAAGGAAUACAUUUUUAUAUGAAGAAGUGCAUCUCGUGAAUCUCUGCCAUGUGGUUAAUUAUAGCGAGGAGAAAGAUCCGAAAGAUAAAUCUCACAGAUUAUGUGACCAUUAAGGCAAGUGGAAGAUAAUAUUGCCUCAGGAUGACGUGGAGUUGUACGUCCUUUGCAGCAUAUUAUAAUUUCUUAG